CUUUCCCGCUGCGUGUAAUUAGAAGACACGAUGGCUUCCAGCUCAGGAGACGUUCUGCCAACAUACGAAUUAACCGACACCCAGGGGUCAAAACUGCUGAGAAAGUCCCGGGAGUCUCCGUUCGUUCCAGUCGGGGUCGCCGGAUUCCUCGCAGUUGUCGGUUACGGGCUUUACAGACUGAGGCACAGAGGAGAAACGAAAAUGUCCGUGCAUCUGAUCCACAUGCGUGUCGGGGCGCAAGGAUUCGUCGUGGGGGCGAUGACUUGUGGUGUGUUAUACUCCAUGUACCGCGAAUAUCUGGCGAAACCCAAAGAGUAAAUCCAAGACUAAGACCGAAGAAAAACCCCCUUUUUUACCCAAAAACCCACACGAACCUCACAUUGGGGUGUCACGUUUAUUUUACGGCUGUUAGAAUGUUUUCGGGGUGCGACCUGCGGAUCGUUGCAGAGCUCUCUGGAAGUCCUAGAGGUUUUUCUGCUCUUCUUCUUAGUUUCACGAGACACAGUACGGGAUGGGAACGCCGGAUACCGAGGUCCUAUCGAGAAGCUAUUUAUUUUUGUAUACGUUGCGUGAACAAAGCCAAUCUAUAAUCUGGAUUUUAUUUUUUUCGUGCUGUGGAGAGUUUCUUUUAACCCUUUAUUCCUCACCUCCGCUCUCUCGUUACCAGACGUCCCUUCAGGAUUUUGUACACUCGGAUACAAAUAAA